AUGGAUGCGGUCAUCAACAAGUCGUGUCCCUUUUUGGAUGUAUUUCCUCCAGAAAUAAGGUUCAAAGUCUACGAAUGCUUGCUGGUCAAGGAUAUAUUGGGCACGGCACAGUCUGUGACUCAAAUAUCGCGUUUUGGAGCGGACUUAAGAUAUGAUUUAUGUCCAGAGGUACUGAGACUCUGCCGACAAAUUUAUAACGAAGCUUUACCUAUUUUGUACGGAAAGAAUACGUUCUAUAUCGCGUGCUUUCGAGUGGAUAAUCACCCUGUGUUCGAUCAAUUAUUUGAAAGCGAUUAUCGACAGUUUUAUGAAAGUGAUCGUGUGCCGGGCUACGAAACUAUCGUUGACGGGCCUCAAGUGGAGUUGUGUCCUCUCACAAGAUACGAAAACUGCGAAAGAGUGGUGCCCUAUCCAGUUCCAGACCUCUGUAAUUAUGCUACUGUGCCCAGGGUCCGAAAUUGGCGCGUGGUAAUUAGCAGAAUCAGAGAUCCUGGUGGUCACUGGGAUCCAGUAUGGUGCUUGAUCGACUUUUGUCUUUCUAUUAGUGUCCAACCUCCAAUCUCUAUAGAAGUAUUGAUUCUCCCUUUUGGUCUGGACUAUAGUCAAAACGACAAUUAUGCCUUCUCGGAGUAUAAUGAUAUUUUAGCCCCUCUGAGACUGCUCCGCAAUCUCCGAGAAUGUGUCAUCAAAGAAGCCUGUGCAACCGAUGUUCCUGAUAUCAUUCGACUGGCUGAUGAUGAGAUAAGAAAGAUUAUAAGAGCCGCAGUUAUUGCUUGUAGAAUUCCUAAAACUUUCAAAAGCGAAAUACAAACACUGGUGACGAGUCAAGAACCUAUCGACCUUCGUCACAUGAUGCAUAAAUCUCUCACUACCUAUGCACAAGCGUUCGAGCGAUAUCGACCAUAUAAGAUACAAAUGGGUUUGAGGCGAGAAAGUAUCGAACAAAUUGGCUAUAUGGAUAGAGAGUAUGCCGAAUUCCUUCACGCAGGAGCCUUCAACCCGUUCAUUAAUCCAACCCUGCACCCAGUUGAAUAUAAUCUCCAAAUCUGCAAAGAGGCAUCAGUUGAAUUCGAGGAAGAAGACGACACUUUUAAACCGCACCGUCGAAAUGUCCUUACAUAUCUAGAAGGUCAAUGGACACGAAUCGAGAAUGCAAAUCGUACAAUAACAGAAUUUAUCAAAGAAGAAAAAGUUCCCAAUGGAUUAUUCGACGUAGUCGAAAGAGCAAAAGAACAAUCAGGAUCCUCAACCAACAUACCCCAAACCUACGAUUUCGAGAAACUGCAAAAAAUCUCCCUGGCAAUGGUUUACCUAGAAGACUACGCAGCUUCCUUCAAAAGAGACCUCCCCCAUACAAUCCGCGCGCAAAUUCUCCCCAACCGUCCUCUCUUCGAAAGCCACUAUUAUCUCCCUCGCGAAUGUCUCAUCGCUCGAUUGGCAGAGGAAGUCGAAACGGGUAGAAUUUCUAACUUUAUUACGAAAUUUAGCAUGGCGGUUGAUAUGUGUGAUGAUCAAUAUCUGGAGAUUCUGGCGGCGAGGAAAAGACUUUUUGAUUUUGAUGGGUUGGGUCGCUUUGAAUGUGGGGAUUUUGAUAGGAAAUUGGGUUAUUCAUUGGAUUGGAUUGAUUGGUGUCUAUAUGAACCGGUUCUUACGCCAUUUUAUCCUGUCUGGCUGGAUGAGUAUGACGAGGUGGAGGUGGAUGAGGUUGAGGAGAUGGAGGUGGAUGAUGAGGUUUGA